UUCCUGUGAAAAUAUUGGAAUUUAUGCAAAAACUUGGGUUUGCAAAAUCAUUUGCAUCCCGUUCAGAUUUGAGCUUCCGUCGGAAUUAGGGAGAUUCUCCUCUAUGGCCAGCAAAACAGAGCAGGGGAACGAGAAUUGGCUAUCUGCUGUGAUGCCGCUUAUGAAGCUUUUAACACUUACUGUCAUUGGCCUCAUACUUGCUCACCCCAAAACCCAACUUGUUCCCCGUGCUACUUUCAAGCUUCUAAGCAAGCUUGUCUUCGCUCUCUUCCUCCCAUGUCUCAUAUUUGUGCAGCUCGGCGAAUCCAUCACCCUGGAAGAGGCUCUUCGGUGGUGGUUUGUGCCGGUUAAUGUGCUCAUUAGUACGAUGAUUGGCUGUGUUCUUGGAUAUGUCGUGGCAAUCAUUUUCCGCCCUCCACCUCAGUUCUUUAGGUUGACGGUGAUCAUGACUGGUUUUGGCAACACGGGAAAUCUCCCGAUUGCUAUUAUUGGAUCAGUAUGCGACAGCCCAAAUCAUCCCUUUGGCCCUAAUUGUAGUCGGACGGGCAUUGCCUAUGUCUCUUUCGCCCAGUGGGUUGCAGUAAUUCUUGUGUAUACCUUGGUAUACCAUAUGAUGGAGCCCCCAAUGGUAUAUUGUGAAAUCGUGGACGAGGAAAAUGAGAUUGCGGAAGAGCGUGCUAUUAGUAAUAUCAGCAGGCCUCUGCUCCAAGAAGCUGAGUGGCCUGGUAUGCAGGAAAAGGAAAUAGUGCAUUCAAAGACUCCUUUUAUUGCAAGGGUCUUUGCUAGCAUCUCAGGGUCAUCACAAAAUACCUUCCCUGAUAUUCAUCUAAACGAAGAGGGAGGUGUACGUGCGCCCAGCAGUCCAAGGUCUAUAAGCUGCUUGGCAGAACCGAGGGUUGUUCGGAGGAUGAGAAUUGUUGCAGAAGAGACUCCUAUCCGGCAUAUUCUUCAGCCCCCAACAAUUGCAUCUCUGCUGGCAAUUAUUGUUGGGAUGGUUCCUGCAUUCAGGGAUUUUGCAUUUGGGAGUGAUGCUCCACUAUCAUUUUUUACUGACAGUUUGCAGAUCUUGGCUGGGGCAGUUGUUCCUUCGGUGAUGCUAGUUCUUGGAGGCAUACUUGCAGAAGGACCAAAUGAUUCUUCUCUUGGCAUCAGAACUACAGUUGGUAUCAUUAUUGCAAGGCUUUUGAUUUUGCCAUUUAUUGGAAUAGGGGUAGUGGCUUUGGCGGAUAAGUUACAUCUUUUGCUAGAAGAAGGUCAGAUGUACAGAUUUGUUCUUCUGCUGCAGUAUACAAUGCCAAGUGCUAUCUUGUUGGGAGCAAUCGCAAGCUUGAGGGGUUAUGCUGUAAAGGAAGCUUCAGCUCUGUUAUUCUGGCAGCAUAUCCUGGCUAUGUUAUCACUCUCUAUUUAUAUUGUGAUCUACUUCAACUUGCUUUCGUAUGUAUGAGGUUGGAAUCUUUCAUACUUUUAUUGUAUGAAAAUUCAUGUGGAGAUUAUGUUGUCUUAUAACAUAGCGUAUUUACUAAUUUGUGAAAUGACGUUGUGUUGAAUGAGAACUGUCAGUGAUCUUUAACACUGCUAUCCAAAUAGCCGUGUGCAAUGAUGUACGUAUGUAGUCCUUGUUAUUGAAAAUCAAGUAGUUGUUGGUUCAUCUAUGUACAUUGAUGCAUGCUAUCCAAAUAGAACUUUUAAAUUUUGAUAUCC